UGAGUGUCACCAGCGAUGCCUUUGAAGGCUGCUGUCAAGGUGUAAAUAAAAGUCCAAUUUUAACAUCGGACCUAUAACAGCAGCAAAAAUAUGAUUUUUCGAAUCAGUCUCGAUACUAAAACACCAAGUUUCACGUGCAGACAUAAAUACGCUGAUGAACAUCGCGCAAACGAGACGCCGGCGUUGUCAUUAUAAUUCUACGGAAUCGUCUGACGUCAGUGGUAAUUUGUUAAGCAGCAGUAUUUUGUGAUAAAACGUGAUAAAAAUUAAUCGUCGCUAAAUUCCCGUGGCCCGUUUUUUUUUGCAUACGUACGAUCAUCACCCGUUCUUUACUUUAAUUAUGUAACGCAACAACAGAAGAAAUAGAGAUACAACGAAAAAAAUUAAAAAUAAACUGUGCUGUGAGGGUGAUUAAUUUUUAGUUUCAGGUUACGUUUCGAUUGUUCCUUUUGUGUGUUUAGGUUAAAUGAUUACUUAUCAUGUCUGAGGUGACGGAUCCACCUGGUUUGCACCAGUUACGCAUCGCUGUUGAAUGCGCUCAUUUGAGACAAACUGGCUUUAUGAAACCAAGUCCUUAUGUUGAAGUAUCUAUAGAUGAUCACAGUCCGAGAAGAACAGAAAUCGUCAAAACAACUUCUCAACCUAAAUGGAACGAAACAUUUACUGUUCUUGUUACUCCCCAAUCGAAAAUAAAUUUCAGUGUACUUGAUCACAACAAUUUCAGGAAAGACACUGUACUUGGUGAGAAAAAGGUCGAUCUCCAACAACUUCUCACUAUUCAUCAUGGAAGAUGUGAAAAUUUGGAGCUAACUAUAGAUCUGACCAAUGAAAGCAAGCAAAGCGAUUCCCCAUCAAAAACAGGGGAGUUAAUUUGCGUUUUUAGCGGUUUAAGAGUGGAUAUGACAAAUCCAAGACGUGCCAAUACUUCAACAACAUCUGUCCGAGAUCCAGAAUUUGAUAAUGUUCGAAGCGUUUUGAACGGGGUUAAAGCUAAAGAAAGGGUUCCCGGGGCGGAUAUUUCUGCUACUCAAUCUCAAAAUGGGGAAAGAAGAUCAAAUUCUUUUAUUAGACCAGCUCCUCCGCCACCGCCCGCGGUUGUGCAGACAUCCUUUUUAGAGCCAGCACAGCAAACCAGUUUGCAAUCACAACACUCCAUUUUACAGCCACAGCAACCUGUUUUACAACCGCAGCAACCAAAGCCUCCUCAACAACCACCAAUGGUUGCAAGUGGAGCGGCGCCUGCUUUUACAUCAACAAGUUCAAAUAGUGUUCCUUAUGGUACAAUUGGUCCACCUAUAACUCCGGUGCCAAAUGGAAAUGCUGUUCAAGUUAAUCCGGAGGUAACUCAAAACGGAGCUGAAGAACCUUUACCGCCAGGAUGGGAAAUGCGCGUUGAUUCGUACGGAAGAAGAUAUUACGUUGAUCAUAACACCAGAUCUACUUCUUGGGAGAAACCCCAACCACUUCCACCGGGUUGGGAAAUGCGACGCGAUUCGCGGGGAAGAAUUUAUUACGUCGAUCAUAAUACCCGAACAACCACAUGGCAACGACCCAAUUCAGAACGGCUUCAACACUAUCAACAAUGGCAAGGUCAAAGACAACACAUUGUUCAACAAGGCAAUCAAAGGUUUUUGUAUCCACAACAAGUCGCCGCGGGGCCCUCGACUUCCGCUAAUACCGCUGAUGAUGAGGAUCAAUUGGGACCAUUACCUUCUGGAUGGGAAAGAAGAGUACAACCAGAUGGUCGUGUUUAUUACGUUAAUCAUAAGAAUCGAACAACACAAUGGGAAGAUCCAAGAACUCAAGGUCAAGAAGAUUUGGAUAAUGUACCUUUACCGCCUGGUUGGGAGAUUAGAUUCACGGAAGACAAUAAACAAUACUUUGUCGAUCACAACACGAAAAGUACAACAUUUGAUGAUCCAAGACCGGGAGCUCCGAAAGGUCCAAAAGGAGUUUAUGGCGUUCCAAGAACAUAUGAACGAUCAUUUAGAUGGAAAAUUGGACAAUUUAGGUAUUUAUGUCAGAGUAACGCGUUGCCAAGUCAUAUAAAGAUAUCAGUAACGAGACAAACAUUAUUUGAGGAUUCGUACCAUGCCAUAAUGCGUUUACCUGCUUAUGAACUGCGUCGAAGACUCUACAUAAUUUUUAAAGGUGAAGAAGGUUUAGAUUAUGGCGGUAUAAGUCGCGAAUGGUUCUUUUUGUUAUCACACGAAGUCCUCAAUCCAAUGUAUUGUCUUUUUGAAUAUGCCAAUAAAAACAAUUACAGCUUACAAAUAAAUCCAGCUUCAUACGUGAACCCGGAUCAUUUGCUCUACUUCAAAUUCAUCGGCCGAUUUAUCGCAAUGGCUUUAUAUCACGGCCGGUUUAUUUAUUCCGGCUUUACAAUGCCCUUCUAUAAACGCAUGUUAAACAAAAAACUAAUGAUGAAAGAUAUCGAAAGCAUCGAUCCCGAAUUUUAUAAUUCAUUAGUAUGGAUUAAGGAUAAUAACAUCGAUGAUUGCGGGCUUGAAAUGUAUUAUAGCGUUGAUUUCGAAGUGUUGGGCCAAAUUGUACAUCAUGAAUUAAAAAAAGGUGGCGAUAAAGAGCGUGUCACCGAAGAAAAUAAAGAGGAAUAUAUCACAAUGAUGACCGAGUGGAGAAUGACCAGGGGUAUUGAGACUCAAACGAAAGCUUUUCUAGACGGUUUUAACGAAGUUGUUCCAUUGGAGUGGUUAAAAUAUUUCGAUGAAAGGGAAUUGGAAUUAUUAUUGUGUGGAAUGCAAGAAAUUGAUGUUGAAGAUUGGCAAAGGCAUACUAUUUAUCGACAUUAUACAAGAAAUAGUAAACAAGUUUUAUGGUUUUGGCAGUUUGUAAAACAAGCUGAUAAUGAAAAACGAACUCGCCUUUUACAAUUUGUAACCGGAACAUGUCGAGUACCAGUUGGUGGUUUUGGCGAAUUAAUGGGUUCGAAUGGUCCGCAACGUUUUUGCAUUGAAAAAGUAGGCAAAGACACGUGGUUGCCUCGUUCACACACGUGUUUCAACAGGUUGGAUUUGCCGCCGUACAAAAGUUACGAUCAGUUGGUUGAAAAAUUGAAUUACGCCAUAGAAGAGACGGAUGGUUUCGGGCAAGAAUAAGAUACGGUGCCCGCAACGAUGCGUAGGACGUACCUGAGAAUUUUAGAGUUUCUAAACGGGCCUAUUACGUUAUUACAACACUACUAGAUGAGAUUGAUGAAAAUAGGAGGUGGGGAAGAAGUUUUGAAAAUUAAUGAAGGAAUAGGGGGAUUGAUAAAACGGAGACUGAUUUAUAAAACAAAUUAAAGAAUAAAUUCCCCCUUUAUUAAUUAAAUAAAGAAAACCCACCCCGCGUUUAAUCGAGUGUUUAAUGCAAAUACAGUGUUUAUCUAAUUCAAUUGUGGUUGAUGAUUUAUUAUUAUUUUUAUUAUAUUAGCUCGGCUUUUUUGUUUAAUUUUAUUUUCUUUUGUUGUGAUAUAAUCUAUAUAAUUUUUUGAGCUUAGUAUUUUUUCCUUUUGAAUUUAUUCGCAUUUAUGGAGGAGGCUUCUUAUUUCUUUGUGUACAUAAAAACUCUAACUAUUAUGUAUCUAUCAUGGUAUAGUUAAAAGCUGUAUAUUUUUAGCUUAAACAAUAUUUAUACGUAUAUAAUUAUUAUUAUAGCAUUGUACAUCCGUUUUCUUAUUAUUUCGUUUUUUUGUUUUUGUUUCAUUGCAAUGAUAAGAAGGAACGGUAAUAACGUGUGUAAUAACAUUCCAAGAAAAUAGGGCGCACGAGAACGAUAACAAUCUUCACCUUUUUCUUUCUUAUGUAAUAAGUAGAAUUUUGAGGCAAAUUAAGUCGCAGUGUUUCUCCUUUUUUUCAUUUAAUUGUAAAUACAGUUUUAAAUAAAUAUCUAUUAAACUA